AUGUCCAACGCCACUAACUUGUCUGAGGCUGCUCCCAUGGUUCCGCACGACUUUGACGAGGUCGAUAUUUCGGGCCCGAAAAGCUUGGGAAAUACCACGUCUGAUGACGACAAAAGCACAGCUAGUAGUAUCGAAGGCCUUCACAUGGAGCUUCCAGUAGACUUUGACAGUCAGCCUAAAGCUCACACAAAGCUCAAUGCCGGCAGAUCUCGCGGUGGUAUCAUCACUGAGGGUUUCUGGUAUCACAACCGCGGCGCUGCCUUGGUGCUUCUCUCAAUGGUAUUCGCCGCGUCCAUGGACGUGACCGUGAAAAUCCUAACGACAGAUGAGGAACACGGCACAUCCCUCUCCCCUGUACAGGUGCUCUUCAUCAGGCAGGCCAUUACAGUUGCCGGGCUCGUCGCCUGGGGUCUUCUAUCGGGCAGAGUAAGGCAUUUCCCCCUCGGUGCCUCCGGAGUCCGAGGACUGCUCAUCGGUCGCGGUGUCGCCGGGUUCAUCGCAGUCUUCGGAAUCUACUUUAGCCUGGUCAGCCUGCCUCUUGCCGAAGCUACAGUGCUCACGUUUAUGGCCCCAGUACUGGCUUGCAUCAUUAAUGCCGUUCUGAUGAGCGAUGAAACCUUUACUUUUGUCCAACAGUUGGCCACUUUCAUCAGCAUUGGAGGUGUGGUGCUCAUUGCCAUCGCUUCCGAAGAACAACACCGGCAUCUUACGCAGCAUGUGCUAUUUCACUUCGAUCUGCAUGCUGAGAAUAUCGAUAUAACGCCGCAUGCGAUGCCGGUGCUGAAAGACAGCAUCGUGAGACCGCUCUUAAAAGGCCAAGCGCAGCUCCUGGCCAUCUUCGUUGCGCUUCUUGGUGUUAUUGGACAGGCUGGCGGCAUGGUUAUGACCCGGCAACUUGGCCAUAGAGUGCACACCCUGGUUAUCAUUCUCUACUCCGCAGUGGCAUCAAUUCUGUUCUGCGGACUUGCACUAUUGGUCAAUGGAGACGUCGAGCUCUUCAAGGAGAUAGCGACAUUUCAAUGGGCCCUACUUAUUGUUGUGGCUUUCACCGGGUUCAUGUUUCAGUGGCUGUUGACCGAAGGGUUGAUCUACGGGACAAUGGUUGUUCCUCAUGGAUUCUCUAGCUUGAGGGCUCCAUCUCCCGUGGAGGGCUACGAUUCGCCUGAAGACAACAAGGACAAGUUGCCGCUGCCAGUUAGGGGCAAUCGGGCGGUCGGCAUGAUGUACACUCAGCUUUUAUUCGCGAUUAUCUAUGAUGUCGCGAUCUGGCACACCUUGAUUUCAUGGCAAAGCUGGCUUGGCAUAGCAUUGGUCACUAUUGGGGCCGUAACAGUUGCUUUGGCACAACCGUAG